CAAGUUGCUCUUCAACUAGCAAAGAUGGCCGCCGCCAUUCCUAUGGUUGAGGUUCACAGCAUUGAGACGGGCGAGAAGGCGGCCCAGGUCGCCCUCCCCGCCGUCUUCACCGCGCCCAUCCGCCCGGAUAUCGUGCGCACCAUCCACACCAACAUGGCGAAGAACAAGCGCCAGGCGUACGCCGUGUUCAUGAAGGCCGGCCACCAGACCGCUGCCGAGUCUUGGGGCACUGGUCGCGCCGUGUCGCGUAUUCCCCGUGUGCCCGGUGGCGGUACCCACCGCGCCGGCCAGGGUGCCUUCGGCAACAUGUGCCGCGGUGGUCGCAUGUUCGCCCCCACCAAGGUGUGGCGCCGCUGGCACCGCAAGAUCAACGUGAACCAGAAGCGCUACGCCGUGGUGUCCGCCCUGGCGGCCUCGGCUCUGCCCGCUCUGGUCAUGGCUCGCGGCCACAAGAUUGAGCAGGUGCCCAUGGUGCCCCUGGUCCUGGACGACGCCGUGGAGGGCGUGAAGAAGACCUCGAAGGCGCUGGAGAUCCUGAAGAAGAUCGGCGCCCUGCCCGAUGUGGAGAAGAGCAAGGACUCCAAGUCGCUGCGCGCCGGCAAGGGCAAGAUGCGCAACCGGCGUUACGUGAUGCGCAAGGGCCCCCUGGUUGUCUUCGCCAACGACGAGGGCAUCUCCAAGGCCUUCCGCAACCUGCCCGGCGUGGAGGUGACCUCCGUGGACCGCCUGAACCUGCUGCAGCUGGCCCCCGGCGGCCACCUGGGCCGCUUCUGCAUCUGGUCCAAGUCGGCCUUCGAGAAGCUGGACAAGGUGUUCGGCACCGCCACCACCGAGAGCGAGCAGAAGAAGGGCUACAAGCUGCCCCGCGCCUGCAUGGCCAACGGCGACCUGGCCCGCCUGAUCAACAGCGACGAGAUCCAGUCGGCUGUCCGGCCCGCCAAGAGCGCCGGCCCCAAGCACGCGCCGCUCAAGAAGAACCCCCUGCGCAACCUGGGCGCCAUGCUCAAGCUCAACCCCUACGCCAAGGUGGCCCGCCGCGUGGAGAUCACCCGCUCCACCAAGAAGGCCGCCAAGCGCAGCGAGAAGCUGGCCAAGAUCGCCAAGGGCGAGAAGACCGGCGGCCAGAAGGACAAGGCCAUCAAGGCCAUCGGCAAGAAGUUCUACAAGAACAUGCUGGUGGAGUCGGACUACGCCGGCGACGACUACGACCUGUUCGCCCGCUGGAUCACCGUGCAGAAGCAGACCAAGACCGCCUAAACGGCGUCGCCCCUGGAAAGCUUGCCGGCGACAGGCCCUGCGUCUGGCGCUACUGUCGGAGAAUGAUGAUGGGUUUUGUGCUUUCGCUGCCGUCCAGGCUUUUGCGUCGUGUGGCCGCGGUUGGGGUUUGCGUCUCGGCGGGGGCUGGGGUCCGCGGGCUCUGGCGUCUGCUUGGGGCGCUCUGCCGCCGUGGGCGCACGGCGCGCGGGCUGUUUGGGCCGAUGGGGGGCUGGUGCCGGGCCGCAGGCUGAGGCGCUAGCAGCUGCUGUGUUUUGUUUAGUAUGUGUGUGCACGCGGUUGGCAACCUGGUCAGGCGAGACAAUCUGCUCCUAUUGCAAAUGCGCGUGAGGAACGCACGCGUGGUGCUCAAAGCACGGCGCCUCCGCUGAGCUCGAGGCGAGGGGUCCUUGGCCACAACUUUGUGUAAAAGGAUCUUGGCGUUUCCAAAGGUCACAUAGGGGCCCGGGGCGGAUUGGCAUGCUUCGAGGGUGUAACAUGAAGUAAGGAUGUUAAGGACCACUUCUCCAGCGUGGAACACUGGAACGGGUGUUCGGCGGGCCCACGCCGACUCUGCUGUCCGAAGAUUACCGUCGCAGUCGCUCCUCAUGAUAACAUGCCCAUGCGAGGCAGUAUUGCUCUCGUAUGCACACUACCGGAAUUGCGAAGUGGGUUGGCAUCAGACAGCUUCGACACAUGCGCCCACCGCACCGCAGGCCGGUUCGGAAACCUGCGCUUUCCCCUGAGUGCUCGGUAAGAAAAUCAUCAUUUUAAG